UUUUUAAUUGGACGGAUACGGAUACGCGAUAUUUUUCUCAGACCCACUCGAGUGUAGUGCUUUUCGCUAUUUUGUUACUUGAGUUUAUCUUUGAUUCUAACAUCGUCAUUGGAUCUGAACAGGAAAUGUCCCACCACAGCGAUGACCAGCUCCUGCAGGCUGGAAGCGAGUCCUUCUGGGAGCCCGGAAACUAUAAACGCGCCACAAAGCGAAUCGAAGAUGGAUACAAACUCUGCAAUGACCUACAGCAACUGGUGCAGGAGCGGGCCGACAUCGAGAAGGGAUACGCGAAAAGCUUGCGGGCCUGGUCCAAGAAAUGGGCUGAACUCAUUGAGAAAGGACCGGAGUACGGCACCACUGAGGCGGCCUGGAAGGGCGUGCUGACGGAAUCGGAGCGCAUCUGCGACGUCCAUAUGAAGAUCAAGGACAACCUCUGCAACGAUGUCAAUACCCAGAUCAAAACCUGGCAGAAGGAGAACUACCACCACACGCUAAUGCAGAUCAAGGAGCGCAAAGACCUGGAGGAUCUGUUCAAGAAGGCCCAGAAGCCCUGGGCCAAGCUCCUGGCCAAGGUGGAGAAGGCCAAGGCGGACUACCACUCGGCCUGCAAGACGGAGCGCAGUGCCACCAACCAGGAGCGUAAUGCUAAUGCCGACAGCUCACUAUCGCAGGAUCAGGUAAAGAAAAUGCACGAUCGAGUGCAGAAAACCAAAGAUCAAGUGCAAAAGUGUCGGGAGAAGUACGAGCAAGCCAUUGCCGAAAUCACCAAAUACAAUUCUGUAUACAUCGAGGACAUGACAUCUGUGUUCGACAAGUGCCAAACUUUAGAAAAGACGCGGAUGGAGUUCUUCAAAGAGAUCCUGUUCAAUGUGCACGCCUGUCUGGACCUAACCAAAGUGCAAAGCCUGCCCCAAAUCUACGAAGAAUUCUACCACACCAUCAACAAUGCGGACCAGCAAAAAGACCUCAAGUUUUGGUCGAAUAAAUAUGGUAUUAACAUGGCUAUGAACUGGCCGGCAUUUGUGGAAUAUACGGAGGAGUUCCGUGACAUUGCCAAGGGCAACAAAUCAAAAGAAGCACUGCCGGCAGCACCCAUCACGCUCAUCAAUCAGCGACCUGUGGCUGAGGAUGUGCACCAGGAAUACCCCCCAACCAAUAGCCUGAAGAAGAACACCGCCAGCACCGUGGGCAGUGCCAGCAGCAGAGCUAGCAUGAAGAGCGAAAUAUCGGCCACCCAGUCUUCAAGCACCACAUCCGAAGCCAAAGCGUCGGCGGUAGCAGCUACAACUGCGACGACGGCAGCAGCAGCAGCAGCAACGGUGGCGGCUUCGAAUCGGAAUUCGAGCGUAACCAAUGGCAACGGCAAAGUAGAUACAAAUCCGUUCGAGGAGGAGGAGGAGUGGGAUGAGGCCGACAACGUGCUGGUGGACAACGGUGAGCCGGGCGUGCCGGUCAAAGCGCUCUACGAUUACGAGGGCGCUGAGAGUGAUGAGCUCACAUUCAAACAAGGUGAUGUUUUCGAGAAGCUUGAAGAUGAAGACGAACAAGGCUGGUGCAAGGGACGUAUGAAUGGGCGCGUCGGCUUGUAUCCGGCGAAUUAUGUAGAAAACAUCAACGCGUAAGGCGGACUGGCGGACUGGCGGGCACUAUAGGAAGUCGUUAAGCAAAUAUAUAUAUAUACAUAAAAGCAUAUACGUAUAUGUAUUUACAUAUAUAUAGAUUAACAGCGAAGUUAGGAACAGGAACGCAUCGCGGAUUGCGUUUAAAGUAAAAACAGUCGUUGAUGAAAUUAUUACCAUACAUAUGUAUUAGAAUUGUUAUAUGAGCAAUCGCCGAUCUAUGCGUUAUUCGUUAAUCGAAUAGCGCGGCAUCCAAGGUAUUAUGCAUUGGAUCUUAUAAGCAAUGGAUAUAUACCGAUCAACCAACCAACCUACCAAUCAACUCACCAACAGUAGCAAUACGGACCCCAUCGGACCGGUAUAGAAUAUGCAGACAUGCCUACAUACAGAAUAUGUAACAGAAAACUUAGUUAAAAGUCGUAAGAACAGAACAAUAAGUGUAAACGUGAAAGGACAUUACAAAUUGAAUGUACUAUGUAAUUUAUGCUAUGUAUAACAAACUAAAACUAAAACCGAAAUUGUGUACUUUUUGUCAA